GGCAAAGAAGUGAGAACAGACGUAGAGGAAGAGAGUCGUGGAAAAGGGAACAAAGUAAAGUGCCACGCUUAUGGUUAUACACCAUUUUUAAGAAACCAAAUUUGAGCAAGAGAAAGCGAGAGAGAGUGAGUUUAUCAGUUGGUCACUAUGAAGAAGUUGUGGAGUCGCCUCUGCUUCCUCGUUCUAGCAGUAUCGUCUGUUUCCAGAGGACAGGAUGAAACUGUUACCCAAGCUACCGACUAUGAAGAUGCAGAUUCCACUGCCUCCACGACUGCUACCCUACCAGUGUCGCCGAAUGGAACUGAAAAUAGUUUCACCAACUUCACGUCUUCCGAAUCCCCUGAUAUCCAUACAUUAGUGGAAACAACAGAUCCAGUAACCAACCAAACUAACUCUACGGCAGAAGAAGAAACAGCUAUACGUGGGAAUUCCUCUGCAGAGGAAGGAUCCGGUACAUCACCACCUAUGACUACCUCAACCGAACAGCCAGUGAGCGAGACUGAUAAUGACGAUGCUCCUGCGUGGACGACCGUCACCCCAGUCAAAAUUGAAGACGGGGGUAGUUCGUCCUGGGGUUAUGUGAUCCUGGUGUUCAUCGUCCUGGCGAUCAUUAUUCUGUGUGUCAUCCUCUUGUUUCUCCGAAAAAUCUCCAGGUCGUAUUCAUUUGACCUCCAGCGCCCGAGUCCCGCCAACCAUGGCAACGAACCAAUAGGCACCUUUGAACCAGUCUACCUGGAUGACUUGGAUCAUACAGGCCCUACAGACCUGGUGACCAACAAUGACUAUUCACCUCCUCCAGUCACCAACGGCACAACUGUACAGUUGGAGGACAAGGAGUCCAGCGGAGAGAGCGUUCUGCAGGAACAAGAAGCCAACGGUUUGGAGACUGUGUCCAUCGGUAACAACAGCCCCUCAGCUGAAACCCCAUUGGAGUUGGGGAGUAGCACUGUAUUCUUCGAUGCGGUCGGGGAGGAGCAGCAAAACGAAAACAACAACAACCCAUCGAUUUGUUCCAGUGACCCAUUUGUUGAGAUAAACCUGGAUGGCCCGGCCUGGAGCAACCAGCUACUCACCUCUCCUGAAGUUCCCUCCUCCGUCCUCCCUUUCUCUCCUUUCUCCUUCUCCCCUUCUUCUUAGUUCCUUCAUUGAUGACACCGACAUCAACACAGAGGCAGCUACAGUGUCUUUUGUAAAUCCACAAAGAUUUCUCUCUUGUUUCCAGUUAGCAGGGAUUAUCUGUCAAUGACCGCUGUAUAAAUCUCAACCAAAAAGGCUGUAAACAUAAAGCUAGCUAAGGGUUUUUUUUUCUUGUGAUGUGUUUUACUGUCAAACUGAACUGUCUGAUAAGAUAAUUUUUUUUUACCCAAAUUGAUGUUACUGGCUGAAUGAUUCAGCGUUCUGAAUCUUGCAGCCAGUAACAU